UAGGAAGCUGCAGCUACAAGCAAACCACGUACGCACCACAACCGAAGCAUGCAUACAUCGAUGGCGAUGAGGAGGACCUGCAGGACGGCCCUCGUCGCGGCUGUGGUGGUGGUGGCCCUGGCGAUGGCGCCGCCGGCUGUGUGCGAGAGCAAGACUACCCAGCAGCAGGAGAAGAAGGGGCCGCUGGUGACGGCGGUGAUCGUGUUCGGCGACUCCAUCAUGGACCCCGGCAACAACAACGGCCUCCACACGGCGGUGAAGGCGAACCACGCGCCCUACGGCAAGGACUUCGCCAACCACGAGCCCACCGGCCGCUUCUCCAACGGGCUCAUACCCACCGACUUCAUGGCCCAGGGCCUUAACGUGAAGCAACUACUUCCUCCGUACCUGGGCGUGGAGCACACCCCCGAGGACCUCCUCACCGGCGUCAGCUUCGCGUCCGGCGCCACCGGAUUCGAUCCUCUCACCCCCGUCAUCGUGAACGUGAUCUCACUGGAGCAGCAGCUGGCCUACUUCGACGAGUACCGCGGCAAGCUGGUGGGCAUCGCCGGCGAGGAGGAGACGCGGCGGAUCAUCGACGGCGCGCUGUUCGUGGUGUGCGCGGGCACGGACGACAUCGCCAACACCUACUACACCACGCCGCUCCGGAGCGCCCACUACGACAUCCCCGCCUACGUGGACCUGCUCCUCGUCGGCGUCGAGUCCUUGCUCCGCAACGUGAGCGCGCGGGGCGCCAAGCGGAUCGGCUUCGUGGGGCUCCCGCCCAUCGGGUGCGUGCCGUCGCAGCGGACCAUGGGCGGCGGCCCGGACCGCGGCUGCGUGCCGGAGCGCAACGCCGCCGCACGGCUCUACAACGCGAGGGCGCAGGAGCUGAUCCGCCGGCUGGGGGAGGAGGACCCGGCCGGGUUCCCCACCCUCGUGUACAUCGACAUCUACACCGUGAUCCAGGACCUGGUGGACAACGGGGCGCGGUACGGGUUCAGCGAGACGAAGAAGGGGUGCUGCGGCACGGGGACGUCCGAGGUGGCGGUGCUGUGCGACGCGAGGUUCAUGCCGGUGUGCGACGACGUGUCGGAGCAUGUUUUCUUUGACAGCUACCACCCCACGCAGCGGGCCUACAAGGUCAUCGUGGACUACAUCUUCGACCACUACAUGCAGUUCCUGAAUCUCUGAGACUACAUCAUUUAUAUUCUCGUGUGUUUUCAAAGCAUUACAUUGUUCAUUCUUGUUAGUCUGAAUUAUGAGAUAUCAGGGCCAAAAACAGAUCGGCCAAGCCGAGCUGCAAUUGAUUCAGUGUGUGAGUAUAUAUUUUGGGUGGUGCUUGAUCCAACAUUAAUUGUCAACAGAAAUGUAUUUGGAGAUAGCAAGUUGUAUAUCCACUAGCAAAACGGCCUGUGCGUUGCAACGGAAGAAAAAAUAUAUUCUAAUCUUCAGUGGCCA